AUGGCCAGUGUAUCCGGAGUCGUCUUUUCUCCGCAGAGCCGUGCGCCCUCGAAGCUGUAUCUGGACUAUAUCCGCGAGAUACUCACCGGAUCGGCCAUCUACUCGCCGCUUUGCGAGGCAAUCUCGGGGCUUUCCGCAACGUGGUUGGCAAUUGCAAACUAUCAGCCAAGAAUCUCCUCUCUGGAGCAAGGCCUGGCUCUUGCACGAUAUUUCCCGAGAUGGAUCGCGACGGGAGAGUCUUCAGGGCUGGAGAGCAGCAUGUCGGGGGUCGUCACAUUACCUCUCCUGACAAUAAUACACGCGGUUCAGUAUGUCGAGUAUCUACGGGAGGCCCGUAUCACACACUCGGAACUGCUCCAAGAUCUGCGGGCCGGUGGCGCCCAGGGGUUUUGCGCUGGAUUGAUAAUGGCCAUUGUACUGGCUACGUCAAAGGACGAAUCACAACUAAUAAAUAAUGCAGCGAAAGCCGUCCGAAUAGCCUUUGCAAUCGGGGCAUAUGGCGAGAUUGGCUGUGAUGCAAAGUCAACAACUUCUACAACAAUGGUGGUAAGGUUGAGAUUAGGCUCUGAAAGAGAGCAAAUCAACCGCGAAUUUCCAGAGUCCUAUAUCUCUGCCAUAUCCGAUCCCAAGACGAUAAGCAUUAUUGCCCCAUCAUCCCAGAUUACCGCCAUCCAGGCGUAUAUAGAGGCACUAGGCCUCUCGUUCAAGAUGGUCCACAUGCGAAGCAACAUCCACAAUCUGAACAAUGUCACUCUCGCAGAAGAGUUGCUGGAAUUUUGCUUGCGAGACGCAGACUGGCAGUUACCCAACAGCGAUAAUCUCCAAGUUCCUGUACGAUCUAAUAGGAAUGGACAAAUUCUUUCGGACUGCUCGCUUACAGCUGAGAUCAUCAACACUAUUCUUACCGCUUGCUGCGACUGGGAUACGGUCAUGAAUAGUGUAGCGCAAGAUCUUGGCCGAGCCGGGAAAUCCCACCGGAUAGCUAUGAUUGGCCUGGGAGACUGCAUACCUCUCCCGCCGUUUCAGAAGAAGGGCAUCGAAAUCACCAAAGUGGAUGCUAUGAGCUUCACAGACGACGCAAAGGGACUGACGAACGGUGCCGUCUUCUCAACCCCGGAUUCCUUCCCUUCCAAUUCGAUCGCCGUUGUAGGCGCUGCUUGUCGAUUACCGGGGGCAAAUACACUGGAGGAGCUGUGGGAUCUCAUUUCCCGAGGAGAAUCGCGGCUGGAAACGCUGCGUCAAGAUCGCGUCAAGCUAGAAGAAUCCUUCCGGGCAUCACAGGACAAGGACUGGGCCACACAGCGAAAAUGGUUCGGAAAUUUCGUUGACGGGGUGGCUGAGUUUGAUCACGGCUUCUUCGGUAUAAGUCAGAAAGAAGCGGCAUACAUGGAUCCCCAGCAGCGGCUCCUGCUGACCUGCGCGUACGAGGCGAUGGACGCCAGCGGUUAUCUCCACAGCCACAGGCGAGAGAAUGGCGAUCCGGUCGGCUGCUUUAUCGGCGCGAGUUAUACCGAGUAUAACGAGAAUUCCAACGCUUACGCUCCUUCUGCAUUCGCCGCAACAGGAACGAUUCGAGCAUUUCUUUCAGGCAAAAUCAGCUACCACUUUGGCUGGACGGGCCCCUCCGAGGUCAUUGACACGGCGUGCUCAGCGUCGCUAGUUGCUGUUCAUCAUGCAGUUCGAGCGAUCCAGUCUGGAGAUUGUUCCAUGGCUCUCGCUGGCGGCGUGAAUAUCAUCACCGGAAUCCACAACUACAUCGAUCUCGGCAGAGCGGGUUUUCUCAGUAAAACGGGUCAAUGUAAGCCUUUUGAUGAAGCCGCGGAUGGGUAUUGUCGUGCAGACGGAGUUGGGCUUGUUGUAUUGAAGCCGCUCAAGCAAGCAAUUGCUGAUGGGAAUCACAUAAUGGGUGUUAUUCCUGCGACAGCUACAAACCAGGGCGGCUUGUCUCAUGGCAUCACAGUUCCGCAUGGAGAUGCUCAGAAGGCGCUCUACCGCCAAAUCAUCAAGACUGCCCGAAUUGAGCCGGACCAGGUGACAUAUGUCGAGUCACACGGGACAGGUACUCAGGUCGGAGAUCCUAUCGAAAUCUCCAGCAUUCGCGAAGUCUUUGGAGGAGGGUCCCGACAAUCGAUUGUGCAUAUUGGAUCCCUCAAGGCCAACGUAGGACACAGUGAAACCGCUGCUGGGGUUGCCAGCCUUCUCAAGGUUCUCACCAUGUUUGCUCACAAAGGCAUUCCUCCGCAAGCUGGUUUCAAGACGCUGAAUCCGAAAAUCCCCGCUCUCGAGCUUGAUAACAUGAGAAUCGCCACUGACCUCGUUUCAUGGGAUGCAAAACUACGUAUAGCUUGUGUCAACAGUUAUGGGGCCUCGGGAAGUAACGCGGCACUGAUCUGUGCGGAAUGGAUUGCCGAGGGAGAGACACGGAGAGCCGAUACGUCGUCUUACCCAGUGUUUCUGAGUGCCCAUACCAAGGACAGUCUGAGAGACUCCGCAAACCGAUUGGCCUCGUACCUACAGGGUCCCGGAAAAGCGUUGAGCAUUGGAAGCGUAUCGUUUACUCUGAGCCAACGCAGAAGACAUCACCGAUUUCGAUGGUCCACCACCGUCCAGGGCCUAUCUGACUUGACCAAAGAACUGGGCUCUGAUGUGGUAGGAACCUGUGUCGAGAUCCCCAAGACAAGGAAACCCGUUGUUCUGGCAUUUUCUGGUCAGUCGAAGACGAAAGUUGGCCUUGAUCCCACUCUCUGUGAUGCAUAUCCCCACUUUCGGAAUUACCUGGGGCAAUGCAACGGCAUACUGCGAAGCUUGGGCUAUGCAGACAUCAUGGCUUCUCUUACUCAAACAGAGGCAGUCACGGACGUCGUCGCCCUUCAUGCGGGUACAUUUGCCGUUCAAUAUGCCUGUGCCAAAAGUUGGCUAGACGGCGGAUUGCAGGUUGACGCAGUGAUUGGCCACAGUCUCGGCGAGUUGACGGCGUUGGCUGUAUCCGGUGUCCUAUCUCUGGAAGAUGCCCUGGGUUUGGUUGCGAAGCGAGCUUCGUUGAUAGAGAGCAAAUGGGGCUCGGAAACGGGAGCCAUGCUGGCGAUUUACUCAGACCUCGAGACCGUUCAACGAAUCCUUGCGAGCUCAAACACGGUAGCCGUGGAAGAUCGCCUCGAGAUUGCCUGUCACAAUAGCCCUAGCGCUCAUGUUGUUGUCGGAAAGCGAUCAUCUAUCGCUCGAGUCGAGAAGCUCAUCGAUAGUAAUCCUCACCUUCACGGCACGCGAUAUCAGCGUCUCGACGUAAGCCACGGCUUUCACUCGAGGUUGACUGAGCCGCUAAUCCCGGAUCUCAUCAAGUUCUCAAAUACUUUGACGUUCAAUGAGCCUCUCAUUCCGCUGGAGACAUGCACAGAGUCACCUGUUCGAAGCAUCGCGCCAAGUUAUAUCGCAGAACACUCGAGAAACGCAGUCUACUUUACUUCUGCCGUUCAGCGUGUCGAAAGCCGUCUUGGUCCUUGCAUCUGGUUAGAGGCCGGGUGGCAUACCCCAAUCAUCCCUAUGAUAAAGAAGGCUGCUGCAAAAGCCGAGAUGCACAGCUUCCACUCAUUAAAUGGCUCGUCUGCCGCCGUCACCAAUAUCACAGCUGCUCUCUGGAAACAGGGCCUUCCAGUUUCUUGGUGGGCGUUCCUCUCCCUAGAAGAAGACCCAAAGCUCAACCACAUCUGGCUGCCGCCAUUCUCUUUCCAACGAUCUCGCCAUUGGCUAGAUCAUAUAGAUCGAGCGAUCGAAGUUCAGCAGUUACAGGGCUCAAUUCAGAAUCCCGACGGCCAGGUACUUCAGAAACCAGCUCAGCUGGUAAGCUUUGUCGGCGCUUCAGGGACAGACGAUGAAUUCCAACUCUUCACACAGGGUGAAAAGUACAGCAAAAUGGUCAUAGGCCAUGCUGUUCGCCAAAGGCCUCUUUGUCCGGCUUCUAUGUACAUGGAAGCUGCCGUCAUGUGCGCUCAGGAAAGAGGCUUCGACUUUGAUAGGCAAACGAUCCGAUUCCGCAACAUUGGGUUCCAUAAUGGCCUGGGGUGCGACGAUAGUCGUGACGUGAGCGUUAUGUUGGGACUGAAUGCGGAAUCAAGUGCUGCUGGCGCAUGGCGAUUUUCGGUCAACAGCUCGAAGAAGGAUGACGCAAAGUCUGUGAAGACGAAGCAUGCGGAUGGACAGUUUGAUGCCUCACCAGGGUCGCCCGACUUUCACAUAUACGAGGCACUGAUCCUGGAUCGCAUGGCGGCCCUUCUCAAGGACCCGAAUGCAGAGCACCUUAUGAAGAGGACCGCGUAUGCUCUGUUCUCGAGAGUCGUCGAGUAUGCCGAUCUGUUAAGAGGAAUCUCCUCCAUUACUCUGUCUGAAGGACAAGCUAUCGCAGAGAUUGAGGUCCCAGGCGAGAUGUUCAUCAGUCGCGAGAGUACCGUCGACCGUUUCAUGGACGCCAUAUCUCUGGACACCUUUAUCCAGGUCCUCGGCUUAUUGAUCAACACGAGCGGCAAGACUGUAGGCGAUGAAAUAUUUGUUGCAACAAGCAUUGAAAACAUGACAAUUCUUCCCUGCGACUUCUUGAACCAGAGACGCUGGAGUGUAUACGCUAUGUUUGGCAUGGACGGAGAUCGACGAGCUGUUGGGGACGUCUUUGUCUUCUCUGCUGAAGGCAAGCUCGUCGUCUUCGGGUCGCGAAUCUCUUUUACCAAGAUCCAAGCAAGUGUACUUGAAGGGCUCCUUGACGGAAAUAGCCCACGACCGAUCAUUGCGAAAUCUCAGCGACCUGAGGGUAAAGCUGUGCCCAAUGGAGUUCACGGGGUGCGCGAAGAUAACCACAUCGCUACGGAAACUUCCGUACAUCUUGUCAAUACGCCGCCCGAAAACCCUCAAGGUCCAGCUCACAGGUUUGCCGACGUCAAGGUGCUGAUAGCCAGUUACAUCGGUCUGUCAGCUUCCGACAUUGGCGAGGACGAAAGCUUCAGCAGCCUAGGCUUGGACUCACUAUCCUCUGUUGAACUUGCCGAUGAGCUGCGAGUCAAAUUUGGAAUUGAGGUUUCGCCGACCGACGUGCUAACAAUGCAAGUGAGCGAGCUGAAGAAAGGGUUCGCGUCUGAUGAUGCGAAGUCGACUGGUGUCAAAGAACCGGAGAUAACGAAGCUCACAAAUGGAUAUGUCAAUGGAGAUGCGAAUGGACAUGUCGUGCAAGCCAGUGCGCUGGCAAACGGCCGUGUGAAUGGGCAAGUAAAUGGACAUGCCAACAGCUAUACAAACGAGACCAGCGGACAUCAUCUGGAGAAGCCAUUGAAGCCGCGACAGUACACGAGGCACCGUGUCGAAACGGUCACUUACAAAGAGAUUGACGGCAUCCAGAUCCCGGCAGACAUCUUCAUCCCGCUAGAGCUACCCUCGGAGGCUAUGCCCAUAGCACUCAUGAUUCACGGCGGUGGCCAUCUAACGCUCUCGCGGAAAGCCAUUCGGCCGUCUCAGACAUCGUUUCUACUGGCGAAUGGGAUUCUGCCUAUCAGUCUGGAUUAUCGACUUUGUCCUCAUGUCAACAUCAUUGACGGACCUAUGGCAGAUGUGCGAGAUGCCUACGCCUGGGCAAGGAAGGAUGUUCCCCUGCUGCUACAGGAGAAAGGCAUAAGGGUGGACGGCUCUAAGAUUGUCGUUAUUGGCUGGUCCACGGGAGGCCACCUCGCAUUGACUACUGCUUGGACUACCCCCGCCCUGGGGUUGCCUCCUCCGUUGGCUAUUCUAGCGUUUUACUGCCCUACACAUUACGAUCCUUCAGAUGAUUCAUUAAUGAUGGGCAAAGAAUAUCAGCCUCGCACAAUGUCCAUGUCCGAAAUACGAAAGGCGUUAGGAACGCAGACGGCGACAAGUCACGCAUUCAGUAGGACUGAUACGACCGGCUUGGGCUGGCUCCAACGGGGAGAUCCUCGCUCAGAGCUCGUCCUCGCUCUUGUCAAAGAGAAGAAUGGCAUGGCUAUCCUCCUAGAUGGGAUUCCUACUGAUGGGGACACUCUACAAGCCCCUGAGCCACAGCGAGUUGCAGCAAUCAGUCCGUUGGCUCAGGUCCAAAAAGGCAACUACCAUACGCCGACGUUUGUGAUAAUUGGCGAUGAGGAUGAAGUUGUUCCCUUUCACUCGUCGGUUGACUUCGUCGAUGCUUUGAGCAAGCAGGGGAUCAGACACGGGUUCAUUCCGGUGCCAGGUCAGCGACACAUUUACGACUUGACGCUUACGCCAGGGAUGGCGGAAUGGGAGCAGUGGGUGGCUCCGGGCUACAGAUUCUUGUUUCAGAUUCUUGGUAUCAUUGCUCAGUAA